CCGGGGUGUUGGUGGGCCGCUCUAACGGCUGCCUGCGGAAGGUGACAUUUGCUGUGCGCGAACAGACUGGGUCGUUUUUAGGGUCGCUGCUUUAAAAUGUCGCCCGUCGGGAGGACGGCGGGGCUCCUCCGGGCUGGAGCCCAGGUGCUCAGGCGCGGACCUCAGCAGAUUUCUGUCCGAAAGGCUGGGGGAGGCCCGCACAUUGUUGCGCAGUACAGGCAGCCUCCGCAGCUAACAAAAAGACAGCAGUUUCAGGCUGAGCUGCUGAGUGGAGCGAUGUGGUUCUGGAUCCUGUGGCACACCUGGCACGACUCGGAUGCCAUACUGGGGCAUUUCCCCUGGCCAGAUACUUCUGCAUGGACAGAUGAGGAUUUGGGAAUCCCUCCAGAUGAUGAGUAAAUCAUCCACAAGUGCUCAGUCUGGAUCCUGAACACAGGCUCCCCUAAACUCUCAACUUCAAGACUUCAGAGAGUUCAUGCUGUACAGAAACUUAUUUAUCAAGUCUGAUUUAAUAAGAGUUUGAAAUCCGCUGCAUUGUGUACAUCCAUUACGACAAAUAUAACAUUUAUACAAGUCUA